AUGGCCACCAAAGCCACUGUUGUUAAUGCAGAUAACACUGCCAGCAGCACUACCAUCAUGCAGUUUAAUCCUACAUCUCAACUACCUAUCAAACUUGCAGGCAACCACAACUUUCGAACCUGGAAGGCACAGGUGUCGAUGCUCAUGCACGAACCCAACCUUUUCGGUCACCUUGAUGGCACAAUCGCUGCUCCUCCGACCACACUUACAGAAAAUAAUGAAUUCACUCCUAAUCUAGCUUAUACUAACUGGUUCCACCAAGAUCAGCUAGUUCAGAAUGCCAUCUUGGCAUCGGUGGAACCUACACUUGUAUCUACUGUUGCAAUAGACAAAACGGCCAACAAAGCAUGGGAAUCCCUGCACACUUUCUUCGCAAACAAAUCUCAUACUAGAAUUAUCAGUCUCCAAGAUUAA